UCCCUCCUUCCUCUCCCUCCCUGUGUUCCCUGUUUCCCUGUUUUCCCGGGAAGGCGACGCUCUGCUGGACGCGGGUGAGUCCAUGAAGCGCCUGGCUGAGGUGAAGGAUUCCCUGGACAUCGAAGUCAAACAGAACUUUAUUGAUCCCCUGCAGAACCUCUGUGACAAAGACCUGAAGGAGAUCCAGGCCUCAGCAUCCCGGGAAAGCCCUUUGGUGCCUCACUGGGGGACACAGAACUCUGGAGUGCAGAUCCAUGCAAAGCACAGCCAGGCUCUGGAAUGGGAUCUGUCCCAACCCCUCAUUCCCAAGGCAGCUCUCUCGAGUGAAUUUUCACUCCCAGUGGUGCCCCAGCCGGUUCCUCCCCUCCGGUGCCCCAAAUCCCAAACCUUCUCCUCAUCCCCUGCUGCUCCGUUUUCCCGGUUUGCUGCUGUGCCCUGGGGGCAGUGUGGGGUGUCCUGUGCCUCCUGUGCCAGGGGGCACAGCCAUUCCCACCCGGUGUUCCCGCAGAUCGAGCAGGUGAGCCAGCUCUCGGCGCUGGUGGACGCCCAGCUGGACUAUCACCGCCAGGCCGUGCAGAUCCUGGACGAGCUGGCCGAGAAACUCAAACGCAGGAUGAGGGAGGCCUCCUCCCGCCCCAAGCGGGAAUACAAGCCCAAGCCCAGGGAGAGCUACGACUUCGGAGAGAGCGACCAGUCCAACGGGGGCUUCUCCUGCAACCCCACCCCCAAAGUCUCAGCUUCCUCCUCUUUCCGGUCGGACAAACCUUCCCGGGCCUCCGUCAGGAGUAUCCGUGAGUUUCCUGCUCUGCGCUGCAUGAUGUGGGAAUUCUCCCAUCCCUCCUCCUCCUCUUCUUCCUCUUCCUCUUCCUCCUCCUCCUCUUCCCAGCUUGGAGCUGCUCAUCCCUCCGUGCUGAGCCCGAGCUAAGCCUGACCUAAACCCUAAACUAACCCAGCCACGCUCCAGUGGGAUUUUCCCACCCCAAAACCGGCUCACCCGGCGGGGCUGGAGCAGCUCCCGUCACACGGGCACAUCCCGAUGCUUUUCCAGGAGGGAUCAGACCUCUCGAGGGUUUUUCCAAGCGCCCAGCCUGGGUUUUUCCCGGGAAGGCUGGAGGGAGCAGGCAGAGCCUCGGCACAGUGGAGUUUGUGGGUCCUGCUUUGGGAUCCCUUUGGGAUCUCGGGGCCCUUUGGGAUCCCAGCUUGGAGCUGUGGUGGUGGGAAAGGCUCGUGGUGGUGGAGCAGGAGGAGCCUGGAGCAGGGAUGUGGGGAUUUGGGGAUUUGGGAAGUUGUCUUGGCUGCUGCUUUCGGUGCCUGGAGGGGCUCUUGGCAAGCUGGGUCAUUCCUGGCUGUGGAAUCAUGGAAUCAUGGAAUGAUUUGGGUUGAAGGGAGCUUCAAGACCACCCAGUUCCACCCACCUUCCACCAGACCAGGUUGCUCCAAGUCUCAUCCAACCUGUCCCUUGUGGUUUUCCAUCCAAGCAGGAGCUCAAAUCCGGGAUAUCCAAAGGAUGCCUUAAUAGCAAAGCCGCCCUCGUUACAACAACCUCCACUGGGACACGCUGGGAAAUCACAU